AUGCCAGGCAGAAGACGCCGCCCUGCUCUCCUCAGCCUCUGGCCUGCCAUCUCCUUGAGACUUAACACCAGUUCUGAUGGAGAGAUAUUCGAAGUUGAUGUUGAAAUUGCAAAACAAUCUGUGACUGUCAAGACCAUGUUGGAAGAUUUGGGAAUGGAUGAUGAAGGAGAUGAUGGUCCAGUCCCCUUGCCAAAUGUGAAUGCAGCAAGGUCAAAAAAGGUCAUUCAGUGGGGCACCCCCCGCAAGGAUGAUCCUCCUCCUCCUGAGGAUGAUGAGAACAGAGAAAAGCGAACAGAUGAUAUCCCUGUUUGGGAUCAAGAAUUCCUGAAAGUUGACCAAGGAACACUUUUCGAGCUUAUAUUGGCUGCAAACUACUGCGACAUCAAAGGUUUGCUUGAUGUUACCUGCAAGACUGUUGCCAAUAUGAUCAAGGGGAAAACUCCCGAGGAGAUUCGAAAGACAUUCAAUAUCAAAAAUGAUUUUACUGAAGAAGAGAAAGCCCAGGUAGGCGAAGAGAACCAGUGGUGUGAGGAGAAGUGA